AUGGCACCCGCUCAGCUCUCCAACGGCGUUUACCUUCGCUCUACUAUCAACGCUUCACCCGCAACCGACCCUCAGGUCCUGUCGGCAUUCAGCUCGGACAUCAUCCCGCUGGGUCAUACGCAGCCCGACAUCGCGACCCUGGUUGCUGCAUACAGUAACUUCAUUGCACACGAGAUCGAUCCCAGCGAGUCCAAGACCCGCAUCUAUCUGCGUGGCAAGGCAGUCAUCAAUGGCGCUGCUAAGAAAGUCGAGACCCAGGUCUCGCUCAAGACAAUCCCUAACGAGCUCAUUCUGUGGCCGCAGGCUUGGGAGAAUGCUCCCCAGAUUGGCCAGGCCACGUUGAGCGCGUCUAAGGAUGGUCAAGUUGUUGUGACCAACACUCCUAUCGUGUACAACCCCACCCAGGGCCUUGGCCGCCACGACACCUUGAUCGCUGAAGCGACGACUGGAGCUGCGAAGGCGUCAGCGACGACACUGGUGCAGCAGGUCCACAACUGGCGUGACCUGGUGAAGCUCGUCGGCGGGGAUGCGACGCUGGCUACGUAUAACGUGGUCUUCGCCGACCCGUGCUCGGCGAAUGUCAGCUUGACGACGAGGCUCCGAGUGUUUGAGAAUCAGGCUAGCUCCGUCAACAUGGCCUUCGGAAUUGAGGCCGUCGGGACUCCUGCCAGCGACAUCCAUGUCUCUUUGGUUGGCUUCGGCGCCGCGACUGGAUCUAAGCCGUUCACGUUCGGACUGUCCCGUACCAACAUCCUUCCUUCCAAGUUGCUUACCACGUCCGCCAUUCUGCCAAAGGACUUUGACGGCACUGUGACGUUGAACGUGUUCAAUGACAAGAAGCAGACGUUCGGCGACUACUCUUCCAUUUCCGUGAUUGCGUACGCUGUUACGGCGGUGGGCGGGAAGGAGACGUACACCACACUCGGUGCUGAGCACAUUGUGUUCCACUCGGACACGCGCGUGAAGAAGGUUCUGCACAAGUUCGCCCGACUUCGUGAGGCCGAUGUGGCCACUGCACCUGCAUUCUAUUUCAGAGAUACCGUGGACGAUGGCGACCAGUUCCCGCGAACAGAUAACGUGUACCAGUUUUCUCCUGACAUUCAGCCUUGGGGAACGCUGCCGGAUGCUAAUGUGCAGUCUGAUUUGGGUCCGGCCAACUACAAGGUCGACGUGUCCUCGAAGCGUAACGUCGAUGUGGUUGCUAACCUGUCUAACUACAUCUAUUUACGUGGUACCACCACAAGGCCGACCUCUGGCGCCGUGCGGUUGUUUGCCAUACCAUCAGCCGUGCUCGUGUACCCUUCACAAUACAGUACUAAGGGACACAUCAUCUAUGACCACACCUCCGGUGGUGAUCCUGUAGUCGCUAUCAGGAAGUACAACACAACCUCGCCCGAGGCUCCAGUUCUCUUCUCGGAGCCGUUCAACUUCUCCGACCCUCCUCCGCCUCCCGGAGGGGACCACUUCUGUCUCAUUGCAGAGUGCAAGCCUGAUGGUCUCGACGUGGAUGGUCAACCCUACGAGUGGCCCCAUGAGGAAACUGGAGACUUCGCCACGGCUGCAGAGUACGCUGCUUGGAUCCGGAGUUGCCCAUGCGUGUGCCAGCGCAACAUCUGCUACAUCAGCAACCCGAACGCGCCGUCCCAGGUCUUCUAUACGAGCUUCACCAUUCCGGCAUCGUUCAGUGCCUCCGACGUCUGGAUAUUCCAGGUUCAGGCCCUCAAUUGCCCAUCAGGCUCCUACAUCGAAAUGGAUUCCAGCGAUGCAGACAUCAAGAUCGGAAAGUUGACCAUCACCGGUUCUGACCAGACUGCGGGUGCAGAGUUUACUGGGAAGGCUCCCGGCUUCACCUGUCAGGUGGUCAUCCGCUGGUAUGCCAAUGGGACAAAGGUUCAGGACGGACAGAAGAUCACAGGUAAUCUCGCGCUCCAGCUGUUGGCGACAUCGAUAACGGGCGACGAACUGUUCAGGCGCCGCAACACCGGGAAACCGAGCGCCCCCGCUGUGCGCACAGUCACGCCCGACUACCCGAAUGUCAAGAUCCCCGGCGAGGACAACACUGGCGAGAAGCAACCGCCCAAGAUCGGCGGAGCGCACCCCCGCCGUGUUUUGGGCGAGAAAUACAGGCUCAAUGCGGCGAUUUACAUCGAUUACAUCAUAGGAACUGACGGUAUGGGCUACAAUCUCGCGUUGGCUUGA